GCUUUGUUUCUGGUUCUUCGCCGAGUAAUGGAUCUGUGAUCCGGGGAGGCGGGGGGAGGAGCGGGCAGGCCGGUAUUGGAGCGAUCCCCUGCACUAUAGGGGGAGGGUGGCAGCGGCCGGGUCGUAGUGUUGUCCCCGCCGCUUGUCUGCUUACGUUAGUUCCGGCUUUACAGGCCUCGCCGCCUUCUCAGGAGGCGAUUUUCACUUGUCUGUGUAUUUUGUCCUCGUCAUCCCCUCCCCCUCUUGCAGGACUCCCGGGGAAUGGACGGGAAGCAGUGAGCGAGAGGCCGAGAUACGCGACGGGCCUUGGAGAGAAAUGACAGCGGAGCCCAUGAGUAAAAACAAGUUGAAUACAUUGGUGCAGAAGCUUCACGAAUUUUUAGCUCAUUCCUCUGAAGAAUCUGAGGACACAACUUCUCCUACAAGACAAUCUGAGGGCAAGGGUGCAGUCAAAUUAAAGUCUGUUCAUAGACAACAGUCAAUGGAGAACAUGGAGGAGGGAAGUUCUUCUGAAAAGGCAAAGUUCACAGGAACACCUCGCUCAAAAAGGAAACCCACUUUUGUAACCAAGUAUGUGGAAUCUGAUGAAGAACCGAAACCUGAAGAAAUUAUAAUUGCUGACGUGUCCAAUGAAAACUCUGAUCCUGAUGUUGAUAUGGAAAGUUUACCUUUAGGUACUGUAGUUGUACAACCAGAGCCAGUUCUUAAUGAAGACAAAGAUGAUUUUAAAGGACCAGAAUUCCGAAAUCGCAGUAAAGUUAAACCUGAUCUGUCGAUGCCCAAGAAACGCCCAGAAGAAGGACUCCAUGGGAUUGUAACUUGCACAGCUUGUGGACAGCAAGUAAAUCACUUUCAGAAAGACUCCAUUUACAGGCACCCUGCUCUUCAAGUCCUCAUUUGCAAGACUUGCUAUAAAUAUUAUAUGAGUGAUGACAUCAAUCGUGAUGCUGAUGGAAUGGAUGAACAAUGUCGUUGGUGUGCUGAAGGAGGUAAUCUGAUCUGCUGUGAUUUUUGCCACAAUGCCUUCUGCAAAAAAUGCAUCCUCCGAAAUCUUGGUCGAAGAGAAUUGUCUACUAUUAUGGAUGAAGACAGCAAAUGGCAUUGCUACAUUUGCCAACCUGAACCUUUGUUGGACUUGGUAGCUGCAUGUGACAGUGUUUUUGAAAACUUAGAACAGUUGUUACAGCAAAAUAAGAAGAAAAUGAAAGUAGAAAAUGAUAAGAGUAAGCUUUAUGACCAAACCCUGAAAACCUUAAGUUGUAAUGGACAGGACAAACAAAUGAAUAAUUCACAUUCUUGUGCAAUAACUUAUUCUUUCAAAGCAUUAAUGGUUCCAAAAGAAAUUUUAAAAAAGGCUAAAAGAAUAAUUGAAACAACAACAAAUUUAAACUCCAGUUUUGUAAAUUUUCUAAAGCAAGAAUCUGAAAGUGUAGAUGCUAACCGUAGUGCUAGGAUUCGACAGUUAAAGGCGUUUAAGUCCGUAUUAGGGGAUCUUAAAAAAGCACAUCAAGCGUUGGAGGAAAGUUUGACCAAAGAGAUGGCUUCUGAUUUGGUGAAAACUCCAAAAAAGAGCAAAGAUGUUAGUGAGUUCAGGCAGCCAAAAGAGAAACAGAAUGAUAAGACUAGUGAACCUCGGAAAGAAUCUAGCAUGCGCGAAAAUGAGAGCGUUAAAAAUGACAGCAAUGAGAAGCAUGGGAAGUCUGAAAACAAUGGAGGUGUAGAAAAAGAGAUUAAGUUAGAUCUUACUCGAAAUGAAGAACAAAUCGAUAUCUUAGAUGAAAAUGAGGGUAAUGGCGAUAUUUUAGAUCCAUUGCCAGUGGAUGACGCUCAAGUCCCUGAAGAAGCUUAUAUGGGGACAGAGGAUGGUGAUGUUCAAAUGGCUGAAGCUAGAGUGCAAAAGAGGAGUGAAAAUUCCCAAAUCGACACUGUAUUAGAUCUCACUGAGCAACUUCAAGAGGAUUCUCCUAUUGAGGGAGAAUCCGAUUUUGAAGAAAGACAAAAUAAAUGUGAGCAAAAUAGAGAUAAGGUGAAAAAGUCAAAGUGUAGCAUAAGUGACAGCAAAAAAAGAAAUCCAGAUAAAAGUAAGAAAGAAAAUCAAUCUAGUGCGGAGUCUGAAAAUGAUGCCGAAAGGAAUGCUUCUAAUAACACAUCCUCUAAACUAGCCAAGUCUCGUUCCUCUUUGAAGAAACAGAAAAGUGAUCAGUCAUUUGAACCUAAUGCUGCUGAAGCACUUGACAUGGACAUUGUUUCAGUCCCCUCUUCUGUGCCAGAAGAUAUAUUUGACAGUCUGGAUGCCUCGCUGGAAGCCCAAAAUGCUUUGAAUAAUUCUGGCUUAAAAACACCAUGUAAGAAAGAUGGCAAGGAAUCAAAAUCAGCUAAAAAGGAGCUGAUUCUAAAACUGACUCCUGUAUCUCUUUCUAAGUCCCCAUCUAAGAAAAAGGAGUUGAAUGAGUACUCAAAAGCUGAGGCUUCUGAGGAUGAACCAGAUGCUGAGAAAGCCAAGAGCCCCAGUUACAUUUCAAGUAAUGAGCACUCAUCUGAGAAUGAAGAUUCCAAAUUACGAAAGUCUCCACGUGUGAAAACCACACCCAAAAGACGCCAGACUGACAAAGUGACCACCUCUAAUACAGAAGAGGAAAGUAAUGAUACAGACAAGGAAAAAAAGAAAAAACAGCCUUUGAAAAAAAGUGAAAAAAAUACAAAAACUCCUUCUUCAGACUCUGGUAAGAGUUCAAAAAGAAAAUCUAGUAAACUAAAACCAGAGUCCAACAGCCAUGGAUCUGAUUCUGAUGAGAUACCUGAAGUUCUAAAAAAAGCUGCUUUGAUGAGCAACUCCUCCUCCGAGCAAGAGAGCUGCAGUGAGGCUAAGAAAUCUAAGAAAACUGAAAAAGAGAAAUCAAAACAAGAUGGAAAACGCAAAAGAAAGAGUUCAAGUUCUGGUCCAGAAGCUGUUAAGGUGACCAGAAACUCCACUGCAAAAAAACGGAGAUCAAACCACUCUGACUCCUCAAACUAUGACUCUGAACUUGAGAAGAAAAUGAAAAAAGCAGGGAACAUUGAGUCUGCCAAGAAGGGCAAAAAGAAAAACCUUAAGAGAGAGGAAGACUCUGGACCAUCUGCUGAGGAAACUGAAAGCAGAAAAUCCAAGACAAGUAAGACUAAGCGCACGGCAUUAAAGAAAAAAGCAUCCUCUUCAUCUUCUGACUUGUCUGAAGACAGCCACAAUAAUCUAAGUCACAACUCUGAGGAUGGCAGUGAAGAUGAGCAAAAGAUAAAGCCUAUAGUGGAAAAUGAAGUCAUAUCAGCAGUUGGAUUCGCUCAGUCUUCAGGUGAUGAAGCUGGAACAAAAUCUGGUACUCGUGAUGUGGAGGAUGAGGAGGAAGAUGAUGACGAUGAUCCUGAGAAUAGGAUUGCUAAGAAAAUGCUUUUAGAAGAAAUAAAAGCCAAUUUAUCAUCCGAUGAUGAAGUAUCUUCAGAUGAAGAGCCUGAUGAAAAGAAAAAGAAAAAAGCCAAAUCUGAAAAAGUAGAGGAUGAGGAUAAUGGUAAAGAAAAUGAAGAUAGUUCAGACUCUGACUCUGAUUCUGAUUCUGACUCUGAAUCUGCAAAGAAGCCCCGGUACAGACAUCGUUUGUUGCGGCACAAAUUGUCCCUAAGUGAAGCAGAAUCUGAAGAGGAGAAGUCAGAUAAAGGAGAGAAGAAAGAUAAUUCCAAAAAUUCGAAGGAUGGCAAGCGUCGAAACAGAAGAAAGGUGAGCAGUGACGAGUCAGCGUCUGCAAGUGAAGGUUCUGGAGUAAGCGAGGAAGUCAGUGAGAGUGAAUCUGACGAUCAGCGCCCCAGAACAAGGGCAGCAAGGAAGGAAGCAGAGGAGAGUCAACGAAGCUACAAGCAGAAAAAGAAGAGGAGAAGAAUAAAAGUCCAAGAAGACUCCAGUGAUUCUAAGGGAAAUUCAGAAGAUGGAGAUGAUGACUCUGACUCCAAAUCUCCGGGAAAAGGUCGAAAGAAGAUCCGGAAAAUCUUAAAAGUUGACAAACUGAGAACAGAAACUCAGAAUGCUUUAAAAAUGGAAGAGGAAAGAAGGAAGAGAAUUGCGGAGAGAGAGCGAGAACGGGAGAAGCUGAGAGAGGUUAUUCUUGUGGAGGAUGCCUCACCAGUCAAAUGUCCAAUUACCACAAAACUUGUUUUGGAUGAAGAUGGGGAAACAAAAGAACCCAUGGUUCAGGUUCACAGGAAUUUAGUCACAAAGCUGAAACCCCAUCAAGUUGAUGGUGUCCAGUUUAUGUGGGAUUGUUGCUGUGAAUCUGUGAAGAAAACAAAAAAAGAAAAAGGCUCUGGGUGUAUUUUGGCUCACUGUAUGGGUCUUGGAAAGACAUUACAGGUGGUAUCAUUUCUGCACACGGUUCUUCUGAGCGAGAAGCUAGAUUUUACUACAGCUCUGGUGGUUUGUCCUCUAAAUACAGUUCUGAAUUGGACAAAUGAGUUUGAGAAAUGGCAGGACGGCCUUAAUGAUGAUGAAGCUUUGGAGGUAUGUGAACUUGCCACUAUAAAGCGUCCUCAAGAGCGGGCAUUCCUGUUACAACGCUGGCAUGAUAAUGGAGGAGUGUUAAUUAUUGGCUAUGAAAUGUAUCGAAACCUUACUCAAGGAAGGAACGUGAAGAGCAAAAAGCUGAAAGAGAUGUACCAAAAGACCCUGGUUGAUCCUGGCCCAGACUUCGUUAUAUGUGAUGAAGGCCAUAUUCUUAAAAAUGAAGCGUCUGCUGUUUCUAAAGCUAUGAAUUCCAUAAGGACAAAAAGGAGGAUAGUCUUGACUGGAACCCCACUUCAGAAUAAUUUGAUAGAAUAUCACUGCAUGGUUAAUUUCAUCAAGGAAAACUUACUUGGUUCCGUCAAGGAAUUCCGAAACCGCUUCAUAAAUCCUAUCCAGAAUGGGCAGUGCGCAGACUCCACCAUGGUAGAUGUCAGAGUGAUGAAGAAGCGAGCUCAUAUUCUGUAUGAAAUGCUGGCUGGUUGUGUGCAGAGAAGAGACUACUCAGCUCUGACAAAGUUCCUACCACCGAAGCAUGAAUAUGUCUUAUCAGUUCGGAUGUCUCCAAUACAGUGCAAACUUUAUCGCUACUAUUUGGACAAUAUGGCCAGUGGUGGUGGUAGUGUUGGUGGUGAGGGAGGAGGCACAAGAGGCAAGUCUGGAACCAAGCUUUUCCAGGACUUUCAAGUUUUAAGUAGGAUCUGGACUCACCCUUGGUGCUUGCAGCUGGAUUAUAUUAACAAAGAAAAUAAGGGUUACUUUGAUGAAGACAGCAUGGAGGAGUUUAUAGCAUCUGACUCGGAUGAAUCCUCAAUGUCACUGAGUUCUGAAGAAGAAACCUCAUCGAAGAAGAAAUCAAAGGGAAAAAGCAAAAAGGAGAGCAGUUCAAGUGAAGAAGGAAGUGAUAAUGAUGUAGAAGUUAUAAAGGUGUGGAACUCUAGGUCUCGUGGUGGGAACGGAAAAGACUCUAAAGUAGAGGAAGUUUCCAAUACUCCUGCAGUUAAAGUGGAAGAAACCACAUCCUCCACUCCGGGUAGCCCAGCUGCUGACUGGUACAAAGAUUUUGUAACAGACGCUGACGCAGAGGUUAUAACACAUUCUGGAAAAAUAACGCUUUUGUUUGACAUUCUUCGCAUGGCAGAAGAACUUGGUGAUAAAGUUUUAGUUUUCAGUCAGUCUCUAAUAUCCUUGGAUUUGAUUGAGGACUUCUUGGAACUGGCAAGCAUAGAUCCAUCAGCAGAGGGAGCAGAAUUGAAACCAAUUGUUUAUAAAGGUGAAGGAAAAUGGUUCAGAAACAUUGAUUACUACCGAUUAGAUGGCUCUACCAGUGCUCAGACACGGAAGAAAUGGGCUGAGGAGUUCAAUGAUGUGACCAAUGUUAGGGGGCGUCUGUUCCUAAUUUCUACAAAAGCAGGAUCCCUCGGCAUAAAUCUCGUGGCUGCUAAUCGUGUGAUCAUCUUUGACGCGUCAUGGAAUCCAUCAUAUGAUAUACAGAGUAUCUUCAGGGUAUAUCGAUUUGGCCAGACCAAAGCUGUCUUUGUGUACAGGUUUUUGGCACAGGGUACAAUGGAAGAAAAAAUCUAUGAUCGACAAGUCACCAAGCAGUCACUCUCCUUUAGGGUAGUUGACCAGCAACAGAUAGAACGUCACUUUACCAUGAAUGAGCUCACAGAGCUAUACGCAUUUGAGCCAGAUCUAAUAGACGACCCUAACUCAGAAAAGAAGAAGAAAAGAGAGACCCCCAAGCUGCCAAAGGACACUGUUCUUGCAGAGUUGUUACAGAGUAGGAAGGAACAGAUUGUGACCUACCAUGAGCAUGAUUCCCUCCUGGACCACAAAGAGGAAGAAGCUCUGACAGAGGAAGAAAGGAAGGCAGCAUGGGAUGAGUAUGAAGCUGAGAAGAAGGGUUUGACUAGUCGUUUCAACAUGGCAGCUGCAACUGGGCUCAAUUACUCUCAAAUCAAUUUCAAUGCUGCUCAGUCACCUUACAUGCCCUUAAACUUGGGAGCAUUGUCUUCACUGAGUAAUUCGCAACUGGAGGAUCUUAUUAACCAAGGCCGAGAAAAAGUGGUGGAGGCAACAAAUAGCAUAGCAUCUGCAAGGAUCCAACCUCUGGAUGAUAUUAUUGCUACAGUGUGGAAGGAAAAUCCUUCCUUGUCAGAGUCCCAGGUCCAGUCUCUGGCUUUAAGUAGACAGUCAAGCCAAGAGCUGGAAAUCAAGAGACGAGAGGCCAUUUACAAUGAUGUUCUUACCAAGCAGCAGAUGCUAAUAGGCUGUGUCCAGCAAAUACUGAUGACCCGGAGAUUACAGCAGCAACAACAGAUUGCCUUCCAGCAGCAAGCAGCAUUGAACCGUCUGAUGAUGCAGAAGUCUCCAAACAUGAUUGUGAACCCAUCUAACUUUCCACAAAUUGACCUGCGAGGAAUGUAUCAACCUGGUAUGCAGAACCACCCAAUGCAGAGAGCACCAACUCCCAACAGAGGCAAAACUGCUGGACCUUCCCAAGGAAAAAAAAUGUGAUGAGAUUGCACUAAGACCUAUACUGGAUUGUUUCAAUGAGAGAGUCAUUCUUAAUUUUUUUUUUCUUUUUCCCAUUUGUCUAGGACUCUUAAGGCUUUGACAUACUGUAGAAAACAUAACACAUGAGUGUUUGGUUUGUUCUCCUUUUUGAAUGGCAGACUUUACCUUUUAAGCAGCUUUGCAGUUAAUCCGGUUCUGUCUGUGUUUAAGCAGAGCCCAUGGGGGCCAUAGAAACUUUUUUUUUUUUUUUUUUUUUUUUUUUUUGACUGGUUGCAGAAGAGACCUGUUUUUAGUGAAACCAUGCCUUCUGUAUACUCACCCUCUACUCAGCUUGGUAACACUCACCAAGCUAAUAAUCUUAUAGCAAAACAUGAUCUUCUGUAGUAGCUAAUGCACUCUAUAUGCAGCUCAGGACAUCUGCUGCACUGUAGAAAUUUUUAUGGAAUUAGAGUGCAAAGUAUGUACUAGUUUUCUAAACCAUUUACUGUUUUUAGACCAGGAAUAGGUAACCAAUCUGUACUGAUAUUGUUGCUAAACUGCAUAACCAAUGGUUGUUGGCCACUUCAUGGAAGAUAUAGCUGAGCAACGUAUAAAGGAUAUAUACCCAGCCUCAAUCACAAACUCCUAUAGGGGCAAACCAGUUUUGACGUCAGAUUUCUAGGCUUAAAAUCACUUGAGAAUGACCUAGUGGAUAAAAUACGUAAAUAGACACUUUGUUCAUGUUGAGGCUCCUGUUGUCUGUCAUGUAUUGCUAUAUAAGUUUUUAUUGUGCCUUUGUAAAUAUAGUUUGUUUUUAUUUUUUCAUAGUGCUAUAGUACAUAAUAGGUGUUUACAUUAAACAUUUUUUCUUUUUUUCUGCCCUUGAACUGCGCCACAAAGUGUUAGAAUUAUCUCAUGUUUUCAGUCAGUUGAAUUUGCACAACUAUUAGUCCUUGGAUCUCUAAUAUUAACACAUUUUACUUGCAUAUCUUCAGCUCAACUCUUGACCUUUGAGAAAUACACCAGCUAAACAUAUUGUUGAACACUUGCUGUGGAUUAGCCACACCACUAUAUGGAUGGUUAAAUACACUCGUGGAAUAUCUGGACCAAUUGGAGGAAUAUUAUACAUUUAAUCCGUGUCCUGCUAAUGUUGUUUUUCUUUCCUAGAAUGGGAUUAGUUUUGCUUCUUUUCUUGCCAUUAUUGCAAUAUGCUCAUAGUAUUGAGGAACCACCUUACCUACCAGCAUGUGGUUUUUCUCGGGCAGCCUGAUGGAAGUAAGCCAUUUCAGUCAUAAGACAUUUGCUAUCCUGUACCUUAAUCAGGGGGGACUAGAGUGAUUUAAUCCUAAUGUAAAUGAAUGGCAGUGACUCCUUACACUGACUGUGGACUGUUUUCUUCUUAGCAAGGACAAUAAAUGCAGGCCAUUGUGGGGGGUUUUCACUGCAGGCCUUUGUAUGCAGAUGGCAUUUUAUUAUUAUUAUUUUUUUGUUUUGUUAUUUUACUCAUUUAAGUUCUAUGCCCUUCUAAAUUUUUGUGGGAUCUCUGCACAUUUUUCUUUAGUUCAUAGUGUAUCAUGGCCAACCAUUGAAUAUGGACUCACAAGCCAUGGCUGCACUAGAAGCAGUGAAACAAUUUAGACUUUUCUUAGCACUUGCUGUUAAGAUCGACCCUUUUUUUCAUGUAAUAAAGAUACUUGUUCUGUUGACUGGUGUAGAAUAUACUAGUACCUAGAAAUACAAAAAUAUAGACCUUUGGAUUGGACUGUAAGCUUCCAGCUAUGUGAUUAUGGUGGGAAGUUGCAAAGUCAAAGCCACUAUGAUUCCAAAAAAAGGUUCACAGAAAAAACAUUUUACAAUACUUUCUAUAUUUUUAUUUAAAUGUUUCAUUAGUUUUGCAUAUAAGUAGUGAAAGUCAGAAUUUACUUGAGUUAAUGAUCUGUCAAAUUAAUACAAUGUUCAGAUGUUUAAAGAAAAAUGUAUGUGCUUUCUAACUGCUUUAAAUGUCUUGUAAUAAGAUUUUGUUUUUACCUAAAUGUAAAAGAGAAAAUGCAGUUGCUCCUUAUUAAAGCAAAAAGCGUAUAUUUGCCUUUUUGAAGUAACAGCUUUUUACUUAUAAGUUCGCGAUUACAUCUUGGUAGAUCAGCAGCAUCCUUCCAACUAACUUCAGACUUUGAACUAACAGGACUCUUGGUUGUGAAAUGCAGCAAGUUUUGUGACGAGGACUUGCACCACGGACCACUCACACCAAUUUGUCAGUAGACAUUUAAGAUGCAUAUGCUGUCUGCAGUAAGUAAAGCAUCAAGCUUUAACCAAUAUUCACAGACUUUUCUUAACCUUAGAAAUACGUGGAAGUUUUUUUUUUUUUUUUUUUUUUAAACACAUUCUUGGCGUUUUAACUAGUUGCACUACCUUUAAGCACAGUUAAAACAGAGUUGCUUGCAUUACAGUUUUGCCUGCUAAGUUCUCCACAUUUUGAUGCUGUUACUUUGGAUGUAAAGCGUUUGGUAUUUGUGAUAUUGUACAUGUAUGUCUCAGUUGUAUAGUAGUUUCAGUUCAUCUAAUCAGCUUUGGCUGCUGAAAUCAUACAGCUGUGGAAAUUUGCCUUUUUUCUUUCCUGCCCUUUGAUUUCUAUAUUAAGUACCGUAGAAGUACUAUAGAAGAGUUACUACUUUCAACAGCGCAGGUUUUUUGUUAUUUGUAAUAUACUGAAGGACAGAAAUUGUGUUUUUAAUGGGCGAGCAUUGAGAAAAUGGAAAUAUCCUAUGUGUUUUCACCAUUGAAAGUGCUGUUUAGUAGUUGAAACUUAAAAAAAAAAAAAAAAAAAAUUAUUAUAUUUAAUAUCGCAUUUAAUAAAGUGACCAAAACAGUU